AUGUUCUUGGUCUCGAAGGCGGCGUUCGACGGCGGCUUGAACCCUUCCGUUUUGGUCUUCUACCGGCAAGCCUUCGCCACCCUCAUCCUCGCUCCUCCUGCCCUCUUCCUCGAAUGGAAGCAUGCACCUCCGCUCUCGCUGCUGACCUUCUGCAAGAUUUUCGUGCUUGCUCUCAUCGGGAUAACCACGUCGUUGAACCUCAGUGGCUUCGGCUUGCUGUACACCUCUGCCACGUUGGCCGCGGCGACCAUGAACACCCUUCCGGUCACUACUUUCUUCUUGGCCCUUCUGUUUCGAGCGGAAACAUUGAGGAUUGGGAGUAAAUCAGGCAAGGCAAAAUUGUUAGGGAUAGUGAUAUGCACAGGUGGAGUAGCAGCCCUAGCUUUGUAUGAAGGCCCCCAUUUCAAGGUCCUCUGCCUCUUCAAACAUGCUUUAGGGCAAAGGGAGAGCCAUCAGUCUUAUAGAACGUGGAUCAAAGGUUGUGCCUUGAUGCUUUCGUCUGACUUCACUUGGGGCUAUUGGCUUAUUUUUCAGGCAAGACUUCAGAAGAGUUAUCCACCAAAGCUUCUAUUCACGGCUAUUCAAUGUGCUUCGGGCUCGAUUCAGUCAUUUGCCAUUGCAAUUACCAUGGAAAGAGAUUUCAAUGAGUGGAAACUUGGCUGGGAUAUGAAACUUGUAGCCGUGGUUUAUUGUGGAGUUAUGGUGACUGGGGUAAGCUAUUACCUGCAAGCAUGGGUUGUAGAGAAGAAAGGUCCAGUCUUUGUUGCCCUCUCCACUCCUUUGGCUUUCAUCUUCACAACCAUAUGCUCUGCAGUCUCGUGUGACUUCAUCAACAUUGGAAGUAUUUUGGGGGGAGUGUUGUUGGCUGGAGGGCUCUAUAGUGUUUUAUGGGCAAAAAUAAAAGAAGAGAAGAUGGUGAAGAUGGAGAUGGAGAUGGAGAUUGAUGAGAAGAAGAGCAUCCCAAAAGUGGAAGAUCAAGACUGCUCAUCGGAGGUUAAACGAGUUGUUACAAUUGUCACCCAUAAUCAAGCAAACGAUGAUGCUACUACCACUCCUGCUUAG